AUGGAGCCACAAUCUCAAACGAUCACUGUUUCGAAAGUUACUCCUCUCAUCUUUAAUCAACUUUAUGCUGAUCAUGGUGACACUCUAUCGUGUCCAUGUACGACAAAUGCAAUACUUUUCAAAGAUUUCGUUUCAAAUGAAAUCAUAUUUCAUCCUAUUUGUUCAAGUAUUUUCGUUAGUCAGCAAUGGAUUCAAGCAUUGUAUAACCCAAAUGCAAGUACAUAUACGCCACCGGAUUUUCGAACAACGGCUAUGUCUCAGUUCGAAAUUUUGGCCAGUUUUUGUUCACUUUCCCAGGAUACAGUCUUCGAAAAUCAGAUCGAUAUUGGUAAUAAUGAAUAUAUUACUAUUUCUCUUCUUCCUGAAGUGCAAGUUCAAACUGAAGUAAAUGGUACUGUUGGCUUCUUAAAAAACAGUGCCUCUGCUGGAAUUAUUUCAUUUUUGAACUAUCUCAGAAUUAUAACUCGAGCAAAUUACUUAAUCUCAGCUCUUAAUACAAAUGCAGUGAUGGGAUUUUUUGUAUUUUCAAGUGAAUACAGAAUUAUGGGAUCCACAACAUUCUAUAGUCCAUAUUCUAGUGAUACUGAUAAACCAGACUCUCAUGUUGCUUGUAGUAAUACAAAUCCAAUAACUCCAGCUGGUUUCUUUGAAUAUUCAACGGUAUGGAUAUAUGAGAUUCAUCAAUGGUGGUAUUUGCCUAGUCCUGGCACUAUUAUGGUCGAUGGUUUUUUUGGAGGAUGUACACCUCUUGAAAGUAUUCUUCAAAGUACACUUGAUUGUUUGUAUGAUGUGACAUGUAUUCAGUUAUUGCUCAAUUACUUUCCAGCACUUAAUCAAAUACAAUUGAAUUGGACCAAUUCUGUUCUAACUUCAAAACAACAAAAUGCUUCUGUAAUAGAUUAUCUGGAUGAUCUUUUCAUUGAAGAAUGGUCAAUAGAAAUGAAUUAUUCAAAAUAUUUUGAUGAAUGUGCUGCUUCAUACUGCACAUAUACUACAACAGAUCGGAACGAUUUUACUUAUGCAAUUACUUUGUCCAUCAGUCUGUAUGGUGGUCUCAUUGUCAUAUUUCGUUUAAUUGCACCAUUCUUGAUUAGCAGUGCAAUGAAAUUAAGAUAUCGUCCAAGAAACGCAAAUGUUAAUUUGGGAGCCCAAAAUACAUUUAUAUAUAAAUUUAUUGAAUCGGUAAAGCGAUUAAACUUGUUUAAGGUGGCUAAUGAACGAACAGAAAAUAAUAUUAAACAACAGAAGAUUAUCACACGUGUAUAUCUGAUUUUACUAACUGCCGUACAUCCAGAUACACUCAAAUGUCCUUGUUCAACUGUAGCAAUACCUUAUCAGAAAUUUGUCUCAUUGUCUCCAAUCUUGCACCAAAUAUGUUCAAGUGAUUUUGUUGGGGCUCGUUGGCUCGUAAUUAUGGGAAAAGGCACAAAUUCUUAUAUAUCUAGCGAUUGGCGUAAUAUAGCUAACGGACAGCUUCUGUUGUUGUCGAAUCUUUGUCAAUUAGCUAAUAACAUGAUCGAUGAUGCUAUCCAUCGCUUUCUCUUACAAACGUUUAUUGCUUCAACUGCAUUGAUAGAAAUUGAUUUAAAUACACAAUUAAAUGCAACUCUCAAUCAACUUUUCCAAUCAACAAUUGUCCGUUUCGCAUUUCUUGUUGAUACAGUGACAUUUGUCCUAAGUGGGCCUACUGGUAUCAAUUCGGGCAAGGUCAAUUGUAUAUGUGCUACAAAUCCUAAUUGUGAAGAUCCAGUCGCUGUCGACAAUAAUGAUUAUGUGUAUGACCAUGUCGAUGUUGAGAUCGCUUAUAUAGUACCAGGAUCAAUAGCUGGCUGCUCUUCUAGUCAUUCUCUUCAACUUUCGACACUUGAAUGUUUCUAUUCAGAUUCAGAUUGUUUUUCAAUUGUAAUGAAUUACAUACAAAAAGCAUAUUUUGCCAAUGUUUUAUAUCCAGUAUGGUUUGAUCCAAGUCCUCUCAUUUAUGACUCAAGAUUGAGUCGUUUUCCUCCAAAUACUUCAAUUAACACCAUAGUGAAAAACAUAAUGGUUGAAGAAUGGAAUCCAUCUACAUCAUAUAAUAACUUUUAUGAAUCAUGCGCCCCAAAUUACUGCACUUAUUCUCAAACAAUUCCCACAAAUUCUGUUGUUGGAGUAAUAAUAAAAUUAGUAUCCAUGAUUGGUGGUCUUAUUGUCUCACUGCAUCUUAUUACACCUCUACUUGUCAAGUUUAUUAUUUACCUACUUUCAAUGAUCAACAAAAGACAACAGGAGCCAGAACAACAACAAGUUCGUCUUAAAUGGUUUGAUCAAUUGAAAUUGACUACUCGAAAUGUGGCUUCACUUGUGUACACCAAAUCAAUUAGUUUAAACAUAUUCCCUCGACGAGAGUUUGGAAAUAAUAUUGAUCAAGUGACAGUUAGACGUCUUGGUCAAUGGUCUACUCGUCUUUACAUAGCCUUGAUGAUCAUUGGACUUGCUAUUCUUACUUUGUAUAGUGUUGUUCAACCUCACAGUUUAACAAAAAGUUUUAAUCAACCAUCUUUCAAUUUAUAUAAUCAACUCUUUCAAAAAUAUGGUGAUCAAUUGAAAUGUUCAUGUUCAUCGAUUGCAUCGACAUAUAAUCACUUUGUGAAAAUUGAACCCGCAUUUCAUGAGAUCUGUUCGAGUCCAUUUGUUUCAGACGAAUGGCGAAUGAAUCUCACAGCUGGUCUUGAUUUAGAUCUCUCUAGCUACACAUUAAUGGAUUAUCGUCGUUUUCUGUCUGCUCAUUUACAAUAUCUCCAAGGAUUAUGUAAAAUAUCCAUUGAAUCAACGAAUAACUCUGUUGAUCAACUCCUAUCUUCGCUACUUGUCACCACUCAACUUUUACCAGAAACGGUUUUUUACGAACGCACAGAUUUGCUGAUUAAACACAGCAAAUCAAGUGCUCCUACAACAUUCGCUCGUCUUAAUUUCUUAACGCGAAGUGUAAAUCAUGGAAAUGCUAUUAUAUCAAGCUAUGGAACGAAUUUCGAGUAUAUUGGUCCUUGGUAUGGAUGGUACUCUUAUGCAAUUACUCAACCUAAAAUCUAUGACAAUGGUUGUUCUUGUGCACUGUAUCCAAAUUGUACCAGUCAAGCACGUUUUAUUGAAAUGAAUUCUUCUGAAAUUAUUCCAAUCAGAGGUUUGAAAAUAGGUUGCACACCAAGUGAAUCAUUUCUUCUUUCUAAUCUCGCAUGUUUCUAUGAUCAAUCAUGUAUUAAUAUCAUUCAACAAUAUACCAAUUCGACAAAUUCUUCUAUUUCUCUCGCGAUAACAAAGAGUCAAUUCUCAAUUAAUACUACUAUAGCUGAACUUAUAAAUGAUCUAUUUGUUGAAGAAUGGGCAACAAAUAUUAAUUAUUCAUCCUAUUAUGAACAAUGUUCACCAUUGUUAUGUUCGUAUACCUACAGCAAACAAAUUAACCUUCUCUAUACGAUAACUCUUAUACUUGGUCUUCAAGGUGGUCUCACUAUUGUUCUCAAGUGGAUUUGUCCAAAAAUAGUUCGAAUUGCAGCCAAAUGUUGUCGACAACUGGAACAACCAGUAUCAGUACCAAUACACAAACAACAACAACAAGUACGAUAA